AAAAAAAACUAUUAACUUUUCUGUAAAUAUUUGUAAAUUUAUACAUAUAUCAAAAACUUAAUAGUACACACAUAUCAACAAAAUGGCCAGACAAAGAAGAUCCGCUCCAGCUCCUCAAAGAACCCAAACUAGAUCAGCUCACACUGCCGCUGCUCCAGCUGGUCACUACCCACCAUCUGCUGCCUCUCACCCAGUCCAAGCUCCAGCUCAACAAGGUCCAGGUUUGUUCGGACAAAUGGCUUCUACCGCUGCUGGUGUUGCUGUUGGUUCCACCAUUGGUCACACCUUGGGUGCUGGUAUCACCUCAAUGUUCGGUGGCUCAUCUGCCCCAGCCGCUCCAGUUGAACAACAAGUCGCUCCAGCUGCUGCCGACCAAUCCUUCCAACAACAAGGUAGAUCUUGUGAUGCUGAUGCUUCUGCUUUCACCAGAUGUUUGUCCGACAACCAAGGUAACAUGCAAAUCUGUGAUUUCUACUUGCAACAAUUGAAGGCUUGUCAAGAAGCUUCUCGUCACUACUAGAACGCUUUUAUUGAAAAGAAUAUAGUCAUGUAAAUAAUAGAAUAAAAG